AUGAUUAACCAAGCUGAGGCUCGGCGAGAAUUUCAAGGUAUGACACUUUCACAACAUUGUCCUUCCGUUUCACAUUUGUUAUUUGCGGAUGAUUCUCUAUUCUUCUGUAAAGCUACUACUCAAGACAGUAUGAGGAUGGCACAAAUUCUAAAGGAUUAUGAAGAACUCUCAGGUCAGAAAGUUAAUCUCCUUAAGUCAUCAGAUAUUUUUGGCAUGAGAAUUCCGUAUUCAAGAAAACAACACAUUCAGAGUGUUUUGGGAAUCUAUAAUGUAGGCGGAGGCGGGAAAUAUCUAGGUCUCCCGGAACAAUUUGGACAAAGCAAGACAGAGGCGUUUCAGAGUAUUGUGGAUGGGGUUAAGAAGACUGUUGGAGGAUGGUACAACCAAUUUCUAACAGCUGCAGGUAAAGAAACUCUGAUAAAGUCGAUUGCACAAGCCAAACCAGUUUAUUCAAUGAACUGUUUCUUAUUACCAAAACAAACGUGUGAAAAGGUGGAUAGUAUCCUUUCAGAAUUUUGGUGGGGAACAAACGAGCACGGUAGGAGGAAGAUCUCGUGGAUUUCAUGGAAACGCUUGGCCCUACCUAAAAGUGAAGGAGGUAUGGGUUUUAAAGAUUUACAUUGUUUCAAUAAAGCGUUGUUAGCAAAACAAGCUUGGCGAUUACUUAUUAAUCCGUCAUCUUUGCUCGCGAGGUUGUACAGAGGAAGGUACCACAGAUCAUCGACAUUCUUAGAGUCGGUGGGUGGGAGGAAUCCAUCGUAUGGAUGGAAGUCAAUACAAGCAGGAAAAUCCUUGCUUAAAAAAGGUUUACAAGUAAGAUUAGGAGAUGGUGAAGAUACGAGUGUCUGGGAUGAUAAUUGGCUCCCAGUGUUACCGCCAAGGGUGGUACAGCAACAAGGACAUCGAAGAGAGAUGAAAGUGAAGGACUUAUGGAAGCCAGGAAUACGGGAAUGGGAUGAGGACAAGCUUGCUGCAUUAUUGGAUUUGGAAGAUGCCCGUCUAGCUAAAACCAUCCGGCUUUCAAGAUAUGCUCAGAAAGAUGAAUAUGUUUGGCCAUAUACGGUGGAUGGUGUGUAUACAGUGAAAUCAGGCUACUGGACGGCUACACAUAUUAUUCCCCAUGAAGACCAAAUUGAACCUCCCCCGGGAUCAUACACUCAAACGUGCAUUAUGGAAGACAAAGAUAGCGCCAAAACUCCAACAUUUCUUUUGGAAGCCCAAUCGGUAUGGAGAUGCGCUAACUUUGUGACUCUGGAUGGUCAGGGCACACUUGAAGAGAAUAUACGGAAGUUAAUGUCAUUUACCGAGAUUGAAGAUCUGUCGUAUGAGGUCACACAGCCGCAGGAGGAUGCUAGGAGGGGCUUGCAAGCAGCAAUGGAAUGGUUAGAGGCAAACCCUGAGAAGCAUAUUACGGAGAGGCAACGACACGCAACAAUCCAAUGGGAACCACCACCAGAAGGAAUUCUAAAGUGCAACUUUGAUAGUAGCUUCUCCCGAGAUAGUGAUUCUAUGGCUGUAGGAUGGAUAGUUAGGAAUCAUACGGGUAUGUUCAUGGAGGCAGGAUGGACAAAGCUUCCACAAGUUGAUUCGCCUUUACAAGCUGAAGCUUGUGGCUUUCUUUAUGUGGUUCAACGAAUAUGGUGCAAAGGAUGGAGGAAUGUGUGGUUUGAAGGGGACAAUUUGGAGCUUACGAAUAUAAUCAACCAACAAAAGAAGAGUAUGGAGCUGGUAAUAUCCUUUGUGAUAUUAACUUUUGGAUUCGGAAGUUACCAUUAUGCUCACUUGGCCACAUCAACAGGGAAAAAACCAAGCAGCAGAUGUUUAGCUAAGGCUUACUUAAGAUCACAAAAUUCUUGUAUGUUUCUUUCAUCCCCACCAGUUUGGUUGAGGAAAUAUUUGUAUUUUCCAUUCACAUUAUGA